UCGUAGACAAUCAGAAACUCUUCCGCAACUUAGACACAAUUGAACGAAAUCAUUUCUUUUUGAAGGUUUUCAAAAUCAAAGGAAAUAAGUCGACUCGUAUCGAUACUUAAAUGCUUCAGGAAACUCGGUGAGUUGUUUACGGAAAGGUUCCCAGUCAUCAUGGAUCAGAAACCAAAGCCAAAACCGCGCACAAGGCGCUAUGAAAAAUCCUCAGACCACGUUGAAAUCAAUGACGAUACACGGGCAGCGUUAACCUGCAACGCCUCUCCACGCCUGCUUCCUGGAGUAGGCGACAUCCUUCAGGAGGUGAAGAACCUAAAGCAGCAGUUAGCGAGCGUCAAGGAAGAACGAGACGAGUUUAAAGAAGAAGUAACGUUCUUGAAAUAUCAACUGUCCUACAGAGCGCAGGUCCAGAACCUGCAGCAAAAAAUGAACGGGGCUAAGGAGGGAAAGCCUGGAGACAAGAAAACGAAGUCGGUACGCUUCGCGGGGAACAUAAUCGUAAACAACCGAACCUAUUCCGAAGAUGAUACGGACGAGUCAAUCGAGAGUCCAUUAUCUCCAUACGACGAAGCGAAAGAAGAAAUCUUGGAUUCGAGCUUUGAUAAUGACGAAUACGAACGGUUAAAGGCUCAAGCCGACGAACUGGAAGACGUCCUUCACGAUUUUUAUCACGACUCAAAAUUGGCGGGAAAAAAUUCCAGCGUUCUCAUCGGGAAUGUCGAGAGUCUUCCUUCGGAGUCUAUAAGCUCGUUAGUAUGCAGAGCGUUGGUUAAUUAUGAUAAAUUAUUCGAGGAACAUCGGAUACUCGAAGAGGAGAAGUCGAAGCUCGACGAAGACAAGAUUCAGUUGACGAACUCGAUGGCGAAACUUCGCGAGCAACUUCACGACGCUGUCGACUCGAAUAUCGAGGAAAUUGAGGAUUUGAAUCACCAAAACGAAAACUUGCGUUCGCAGGUUAAAGUGUUUGGCGAGAAAAACUCCGAAGUCAUUUCGAGUUUCAUAAAAGCCCGUGAAGACUACAUUGGCCGUUUGAAGGCAAUAAAAGAACUCGUCAAAGGUAAUUCCUCUGAUAAACUUUUGCAAAGGUUGAAAAAUGACGCUUUGCUAGCAGAUAUCGAACUGAAAGAAGCCAAAGAAUGGGUCCAAAAAGUCGAAGAAGACAAGUCAAAUAGGUUAAAGCGUGUUCAGUCCUUACCGUCUACUUUUAGACAAGAUUCUGCCGAGAAUACAGAACGUGGUGGAUUGUUAAAAGAGCUUAAAACGUGUAAGAAUCUUCAGGAAUCUCAACGAAAACAGAUUUCGAAGAUCUUAGACGAAAAGCUUGUUUUGGAGACUCAUGUUGCCGAGUUGAAACGCCAGGUUGUGUUGCUGAAGGCAGAGAGAAGAAUAAACUUGAAAACGAAGUCGAAAUUUGUUCAAACAGAAGGAGAAGAAGAGACCGUUGCAAUGGUUAACGGCGAAACGAAUUCGUCCAGUUCUGAAGUGGAAAGCCUGACUCGAAGAUGCAAAGAUCUUGAGCAAAAAUUGGAACGUGUGAAGGAAGAGAAGUUAGUUCUUGUGAGUGAAAAGACGUCGUUGUUGUUGGCCUUUGAUGCGAAUAUUGAGAAGAAGGACGCUUUGGAAGAGCAACUUGCUAUUUUGCAAGAAAAAAUGAACGAGAGAGGAAAGACAAGGGAGUUGGAUACGAAUGCCGCUUGUACACAAACCGAUGGUGUUGUUGAGAACGUCGGGAAAACUAUGAAUGAGACUGACGGCGGGUUUAGACGGUCUUACAAAGGGAUUUCUGAAGCCAAGGUGGAACUGGAGAAAAUUCGUGUCCAAGAACAGGAGAAACACAUCGCCGCGUUAAAACGAGAGAACGAAGCCAUCAAAGAGAAGUUGAAAAAGGCGGAAGACAUGUCCCAAACUUUGCAAAAUUGCCUCAAAGAACUCACGGAUGAAAAACUUGAACUCCUGGACUCUAUUGAAGAACUAAACGAAGAAAAAGCUGAGCUAGAGGAAAUCAGGUCGAAACUUGAAAAAGAACUUAGUGGAACAAAGCGGGAAAAAUUUGUCGCCGACGAAGUGGGUAAUAUUCGAAAUAAAGAGCGGAAGAUUGACGACAGUUUGGAAUCGAAUAAAGCCAAGUUAGCCCAGCUUGAUUUGAGAGUCGCUGAAGUUUUGUCUCUGAUCGAGAAUGAAGGGGCUGGAACCGAAGAGACAAAAAGUGCCCCGGAUAAAGGUGUCGAGGAUAUUAUUGGUUCGCUCUUGGCGGCAGUUGAGAAUCUGAAGGCUACCGUUACGUCGUUCAAAACAAGCUACGAAAGAACGAAAGGUGACAGUUUGCGCACGAAGAACGAACUAGAAGCACGAAACAACCAGAUACAAGCACUAACCAGUGAAAAAACGGAGUUGGAGAUCCAAGUCGGGAAACUAACGAAACAAAACGAAGAAUUGGCCCAGUCGUUGGAAAAUACCAAGAAAUCUCAGAAGUCUCAUGACAGUUACAUGGAAAGAUUAAAGAAAGAAAAUUCGAAACUUGAAGGGGAACUGGGGCAAGCUCGCGGCACGAGGACUGGGUACGAGAAGUCUUUAGCGGAGUCUAGACGGCGCGAGGAGGACUUGGCGCGACAAUUGAAAAACAUCACUACGAAACGAGACGACAUGCAAAAAGCACUAGAUCAAUUUGCGAAAAGAUCCACGAACGAAACCGAAGCAAUCCGAAGUGAGAAUAAGAAACUGACGACAGAAGUCGAACAGCUCCGAGAAGAACUCGAGGGCACGGUCGAGGACCGAGACGAGUUAUUGGAGUUGUUAGAUCGUAUAGUCUGCGAGAACGGAACGGGCGAGGAGAAGCAGGGACUGGGGGAGAAAGUAGAGCGAAUUCGAGAGAGGAGUAAGUCCGAGGAAGCUUUAGCCGAGGUUGGUGUGAACGAUUCCGGGAGAGGAAAGAUCGUAGGGGAAAAGCUCCUGGUAUCCAGUGAGAUGAGUAUGAAUUAUUCCGCGACUGGUGAAGAUUCGCUGUUUGAAGGAAAAGAGAAAAGUGAAGUAAAUGUUAAACGAAUGGAAGCAUUGCAAGAGGAAAAUCAAAAAUUGAAAGAAAUGAUCGAAAAAAUGUUGACAGACCAGAAGAAGAUGGAGCAUGUUCUCAACUCACUUUCCGAGGCGAACGCUGAAAUACAACAAGGUUUGGAAGAAUCUUUGGAGAAAACUGAACAGAUCCGACUUCAAGGAUCGAAGAACUUCGUAGACUUCGUGCCCGAAUUCCCUGCGAUAUCUGUCGACAACGUCGAGCUUCGCCGACUUCACGAAGCGAUGGUGGGCACGAACGAAGCUUUGAGCGCGAACCUGCGCCGACUGCACGACGAGAAGACCCGAAGCGAGCAGAUGAAAACUUCAUACCAAGAAGUCAACCGAAAGAACGAAACUUUAGAGAAAAAUGUCGAAAGCUUGACGAGAGAUAAACAAAAGACGGAAAAGGAAAUGUUGGAGUUGAAUAAGAAGAUGAAAAAUUUAGAAGCGGAAGCAAGGAAAGCGAAAAACGAAAAAGACGAAGUGGAAAGUACGUUGGCAGAAAACAACGGUCGCGUGAAAGAUUUACAAUUUCAAAUUGACUCCUUAACGGAAAUCAACCAGGAUUUACGCGAAAGUAACGAAAAAUUGAGCGACUCCUCGAAGGAAUACGAGAAAAAAUUGUCAAAGCUAAACGGUAAAUUUGACGAACUGGAGUUCCAAAACGAAGGGCUAAAAAAAUCGAAAAAACGUCUUGAAAAAGAAUUGGCCGAGCAAGGUAAACAAAAGACUGCACUCGAGCUAAACCUAGCCGAGCAGAGUAAACAAAAGACUGGUUUCGAGAAAGAAUUGACCGCGAAAGACAAGCAGAAGUCUGGGCUGGAAUUGGAACUUGCGGACACAAAGAAAACAAUCGUGUCGCUUCGGAGCGAAAUAUCAGGAAACGCGGAAAAUGUUCGCGAGCUGGAAAAGAGCCUGGAGAAGAGAGAACGCGAGCUAAAAGUGCUUCGGGAAACGGCAGGCCAGGUCGCUAAGCUAGAACAGGAAGCCCAAGACGCGAACGCUUUGAGAAGCGACAUGGAGGACAUGGAGAAAACUCUGUCAGAGCGAGAUCAUAGAGUUGAGGAACUUGAAAACGACGUAACUCGCUUGAAAAAAGAGAUUCAGAACUCGCAACGGUUUGUAAAGGCGGUGAGCCAGGAAAAUGACACGUUGCGAGAUUCGUUGUCCGAAUGGGAACGGGAGGCAAGCAAGAUUCGAAGACACGUUCAUCAACUUUCACAAGACGCCGAGAAUCACAACAGCGAAGCACAAAAGGACCCAAACUCGAAAGAUCUUGAUAAGGUGAGGUCUGUCAAGGCAUUUGAAGCGAUGCAAGUUGAAAUGGAUGCUAUCAACAAGCAUUUGAAAUCACUCACGGAAGAGAACCACGAACUCCAUUCGAAACUGGACGAGAUUGGUAAAGAAAACAAGGCAAUUAAAGACAGAAAUAUCGAGCUCUUAACUCGCUACGAUAUUCUAAGCAAACAGCUUGAGAAAAAGACAAGCGAAGUGAAUAAAUUGAGCAAAGACGGAAGAGAUUCUCGGUCAAAAAAGAACAACGAAAAGUUUGAAAAAGAGAAGAUUUCGCUUGAGGCAAAAAUUGAAAAGUUAAAUUUAGAAAACACUUUGUUAAAGAAAAACUUGGCAAAUACAUUGGAUGAACACAAACGCAUUGGCGAAUGCCUGAAGAAUUUAUUAGAUAACAAAAAAGUUCAACGACAAAACAGUAAUAGGAUAAAGAAACCAAGUGAUUUGGUCAGUGAAGAAUACGAAAUACGCACCGAGAUUUCUACGACGACGAAGCCCGAUCUUAUCCGAGAUUCGACCGAAGUCAAAGAGGAGUACAAGAUCGUGGAACAACGGAAAUACCGAAGCGAGUUGUCUGCCGUGGAAGCGAGUGGUACUGAGGCAGACAUCAGGGAGUUGCUUACGGAUUUAUUGAAAGGACAAAUGAAUUUAAAAAGUUACUGCCAAGAGAUUUCAAAAGUUUUUAAGAAUAAGAGCUCCUCAAUUGACGAGAUUGAUGGCGUUCUAGAUGCGACUAAAUUGGAGCUGAAAAAGACCGCUGAACUAAAUAAAGAUCUGGAGUCAAGCUUACAAAAUAAGGAAGCGGAGUUGACUAAAAUCAACGAGGAAAAAGCGAAGAUGGAAAGCGAAGUCGCCAGCAUUAAAGAAAAGUGCGAUAAGUUACAGGCGGUGUUCCGUGCGCUUAUUUUGGCGAUGAACGACAAAAAAGGCGCGGAGAAAAAGAACGGCGAAGAGGCGGAGGGACCGACGCGUAUCAUCGACUAUAUCAAAGGUAUAAAAACAAAAUAUACGACUUUGGUUACGGAGAAGGAAGAUUUGGAAACGAAGGUUAAAGACUUGCAAAAGGAAAUUAACGAACUCAAAGCUCGGGCAGAACGAGAGGAAAAACAAGAGACGAAAAGCUCAAAGAAUCACGAAGCAUCAGAAGGGAAGGUUGACUCUGAAGACAAAGAAAGAAUGUUUAAUGAAUUGUUGUUGUCCACAGCUCGAAAUAAAACACGACUGCUUGAAAAACUGCAGGAAAUUUUCGAUGAAUUCUCAAAGGUAAAAUCAAAACUGGAUAAAGAGCUAGAGAACCAAGAACAAAACUCUAAUCUUGAGAAAAUCAACCAGGAGUUUUCAGAAUCUGUGAUGCACACCGAGAGAUUUAUACAGUCGGUCGCUCACGACCGGCCCGUGACGGUCGUCGCCGAUUCGGCCACCGAUAAGGACCCGAACUUGGAGCUAGCGAAGGAGAACGAAGAGUUGGUCGGACGGAUCAGCGCUAUCCAGUCGUCGCGUCGUCGGGAAUCGAAGAACUUCAAGGACGAGGUGACGAAAAUGGAGAAGGCCAAAGUGGAAGCGGUGAAAGACGAGGGGGAAAAGUGGAAGGAGGAGAUCGAGAAAGUGAAAGAGGAAUUGGAGAAAAAAAUGAAAGAAAAGGAACAAGCCGCGAGUGAAGUGAAAAAUUCAUUAAAACAAGAAGUAAGUCAAUUGAAGCUUGACAUGCGCAGAAUGACGGAUGAACACGAGGUCGCCCAGAGAAGCGCUCGCAACGAAGCCCGCCUGGCCGCAGAAAAACUGGAAGAAAAAAUAAAACUCACGAAAACAGAGAUGGAAAAGAAGCUCGCCGAGCGGGACACGAAGAUGGUCGAGGUGAAACGGAAAGCGGACGCGGAGGCGAAGGAGAACGCGCAGAUGGCGGAGAGAGAGAUUUCUCAGGUGCGCGCAAAUUGGGCCGACGCAGAACGCAAGUUGCGCAAUGCGUCAGAGGAGAAGACGAACGCGGUCAGGGAAUUGGAGCGGGUGAAACUUGAACGGAGCGAAGAGGGAGCGAGAUCUGCGCGCGAGCUUCAGAAACUUAAAGUGGCGCUGGAUAGUUCACAGAAGCAGAUAUCCGAGAGAGAAAAUGGAUUCAAGAUGGAGAGAGAGCGUCUACAGCGGACGAUCGUUAAUCUCGAAGGUGCAGUCCGGAAUUCUGAGGUCAGCGGUCUAGAACGCACUCAAAGUCGAAUCAACGAGUUCCAAAGAUCUUUGGACGAAUUGACCAAACAGAAUCAACAGCUUGAGACAGCGAGGCGAAACUCGGAACACACUCUAGGUUCUGAAGUGGAACGAUUGCGACUCGAAAACUCCAGGCUACAUCGAGAUCUCCGGGAGCAAAACCAACAACGAAGGACAGUUGGGGUUAACGAGCAACAGAGGCGACCGGAUCCCAAUAUACCCUCUGGAGAACGUGUGAAAGUUAUGGGAACGGUGAGACAGACAUCGAUCGAGAAAUCUCGUGUUUUGAACGCAGUUGAAAGUGCACCAGGACCUCUCCCCGGUGACCGCAGAGCUGUUAAAGUCCGCGAAGGUCAGGCAUCUAGCGUGCACGUGACUCGUGUCCAGGACCAAGGAGUACGACGGAGUAGUGAUCAACGGGACCCGGUAUCUGAGGAACUAGGCGCAAUGUUUAAAAACCUCAAUAAUUCCUCCGAAUGGAUGAAUAACAAUCGCGACAACACUUCCUCUGUGAUCCUUGCGCGCCCGAUGGAGGGCCACACGCAGGCGCAACCACGCGAUGCUCCUCCGCCUCAAAAACAGGCACCUCAACCUUCUCAAAAACCCCAGGCUGAGUGGGAAACACGACCCGACAAAACAUGGCCUAUGCGUAAAGAUCCAAGAUACCCAACUAGCAACGCACGUCCCAAAGAUCCCGUCGCACCCCCUACUCGCGCGCAUCCCUCUUCGCAACGGGCUGGUCACAAUAAUGAAGAUUCCCGCCAAAGGUCUGGUUACGCGAAUUCUAAACCAAUCACAAGACAGGUUCAGGGCAACCUUGAGGUGGAGGUGACGUCAUCGGAUGCUCGUCGCGUAGUCGAAGUAAAGAAACCUCGGCCUAAAGAUAAAUCGCAUUCCUCAAAGUCUCGCCGUCCUCGGCGACCGUCGGUCGGUUCGGAUGACGUAUUCAUUACGCACCAUGCCGACGCCAACCCGAGUCUGACGUCACAUGGUAGCAAAACUGGCGAGUUUUGGCGAUCUCGGUCUCUCGAAGAUCUGAUUUCCGACGACAGGCCGAUGAAGUCGGGACAACACGGCGUCCGAGGACAUCACGAGAAAUUACCGAAAAAUUUUUCAGGUCCCAGGAGGGGCGUGCGGGUGGCCGGUGCUCAAGUUCAAAGCGUAGGGCCUGGAAAUCAAUCUGUUCCUCCAAAGCGAGUCACUCCGUUAAAAGGAAUGGAGAAUAUUUUGUUCCAAUCUCAAAUUUAGGCAGUAGAAACAAAUUGCAUUUAAUCUUAUACGGUGAUCAAGACAUUGUCCCAAGUUUCACCCAGUUGUACAAUUCGCAAAAAUUUAUUGCAUUAAUUUAAGGUAGAAUAUUUACUAUUAAGAAUGUCAUAUAUCGUAAUGAUGGCACUGUCAUAUCCGGCAGAAGAUGGGAUAUUUUUUCAUAAUAAUUACGGUACAUAAUGAGUUAUUACGAAUAUUUAAAAGAAUAUAUUAUAUCAUAGAUAUAUCACUAAGCCAUUGUAUUUUUGAAAUAACAUAUAUAACA